AUGGCUUGUUCUGCAACUGCUAAAAUCAUCCAACCUCCUAUGUCCAUCAACUCCACCAGAUCUCCUGAUAAGUCUGAUAAUUGUACUAAAUUACUAUGCCCCUCCUCUUUUCUUGGACCCAACAAGAAGCUGUUUUCCAUUAACAAAACUAUUUCGCCUCUCAGUCGCCGAUCAGCCACUGUAGUUGCUGUCUCCUCUGAUGUCGUCAAGAAGAAGAAGGUGGAAUCUAAUCCCGUCUCCAAUCUGUUGGUUACGAAAGAGGAGGGUUUAGAAUUGUAUGAGGAUAUGGUUUUAGGGAGAUCAUUUGAGGACAUGUGUGCCCAGAUGUAUUACAGAGGCAAAAUGUUUGGAUUUGUUCAUUUGUACAAUGGCCAAGAAGCUGUAUCCACUGGCUUCAUCAAGCUAUUGGGGAACAGAGAUUGUGUGGUUAGCACAUAUAGGGACCAUGUCCAUGCAUUGAGCAAAGGGGUCCCAGCUCGAGCUGUAAUGAGUGAGCUCUUUGGCAAGACCACUGGUUGUUGUAGAGGGCAGGGUGGCUCAAUGCACAUGUUCUCCAAAGAGCACAAUGUACUUGGGGGCUUUGCUUUCAUUGGUGAAGGAAUUCCUGUGGCUACGGGAGCAGCCUUCACUAGCAAGUACAGGAGGGAAGUUUUGAAGGAGGAUUGUGAUGAUGUGACGUUGGCAUUUUUUGGAGAUGGAACUUGCAACAAUGGUCAGUUCUUCGAGUGCUUGAACAUGGCUGCACUGUGGAAGCUGCCCAUCGUGUUCGUUGUUGAGAACAAUUUGUGGGCAAUUGGAAUGUCCCAUUUGAGGGCCACUUCUGAUCCCCAAAUUUGGAAAAAGGGUCCAGCAUUUGGAAUGCCUGGGGUUCAUGUUGAUGGUAUGGAUGUGUUGAAGGUGAGGGAGAUCGCAAAGGAAGCUAUUACCAGAGCUAGAAGAGGUGAAGGUCCAACUUUGGUUGAAUGUGAGACCUACAGGUUUAGAGGACACUCUUUGGCUGAUCCAGAUGAGCUCCGUGACCCUUCUGAGAAAGCUCACUAUGCUACCCGAGAUCCAAUUACUGCACUAAAGAAGUACCUGUUGGAAAACAAUUUGGCAAGCGAAUCGGAAUUGAUUGCCAUAGAGAAGAAGAUUGAGGAGGUGGUUGAAGAUGCCGUUGAGUUUGCUGAUGAAAGCCCUGUUCCAGCUCGUAGUCAGCUUCUGGAAAACGUAUUUGCAGAUCCUAGGGGAUUUGGAAUUGGACCUGAUGGGAAGUACAGAUGUGAGGAUCCUAAAUUUACUGAAGGCACUGCUCAAGUCUAA